AUGCCUGAUAUCUAUCGCGCACCGGAAGUCAUCCUGAAUAUGAAGUGGGACAACAAAGUUGACAUUUGGAACGUUGGGAUGGUGAUUUGGGAUCUUUCAGAACAUCGUCACCUUUUCAAGGCCCGGAAUGACGAGGGAAAGCUGGAUGAUGGACAACAUUUAGCAGAAAUGCAAGCUGUUCUAGGAAGGCCUCCUGCGGAGUUUCUCGCUCGAAGCGCGAGGUCGCUCCCAUUUUGGGAUGCCAACGGUUUGUACAACCCUCCCAUGCCCGAAGCCGUCGUGUAA